AAAAACCGAUUGCUGUUUCCUGGUAAAUCGCCAGAGAGACCCAAUUUUACAGCGCUCUCCUGCUAUUGCUACUGCCUCCUCCGGCAGUUAGUGGCGGUGGUAGCAGCAGCAGGCGCCGCCUCUUCCUCCCGCCGGAAUCCUCCACCAUCUGCUCAACCAUGAUGGCCACCGCUUGCUCCACUUCCAGUUCCCUCAUCGUUUUCAGAGUUCUUCCCCUGUUUCUGCUUCUUUCAGAGGCAUUUCUUCGAGCACAUGGCGCGGGUAUGGGAAUCAACUACGGCCAGAUCGCCAACAACCUUCCCUCCCCUUCCAAAGUCGUGGGCCUCCUCCAAUCGCUCAACGUCAGCAAGGUGAAGCUCUACGACGCCGAUCCAAACGUGCUGCUCGCCUUCGCCAACACAAACGUGGAGUUCAUCAUCGGCAUCGGGAACGAGUACCUUCAGAGCGUGCCCGACGCUGCCAAAGCUCAGGCCUGGAUCGAAACCCACGUCAAGCCGUACAUCGGGCGGACCAAAAUCACCUGCAUCACAGUCGGUAACGAGGUGGUCGCCGGCAACGACACUCAGCUCGUCAACAAUCUCGUCCCAGCAAUGCAAUCGGUGUACAAAGCCCUCGUUAACCUCGGGCUAGAUAAACAAGUCACAGUCACAACUGCGCAUUCUCUCAACAUCUUGGCCACUUCUUACCCACCUUCAGCUGGAAGCUUUAGGCCAGAUCUAGCUGAAGUGAUUCAACCUUUGCUGAGUUUCCACUCCCAAACUGGUUACCCUUUCCUCAUAAAUGCUUACCCUUUCUUUGCUUACAAAGGUAGCCCUGGUGAGGUGUCUCUAGACUAUGCCCUUUUCGGGUCUAAUAACCAAGGGAUGACCGAUCCUGUCACCAACUUGCACUAUGAUAACAUGUUGUAUGCUCAAGUCGAUGCGGUCUACACUGCGAUUAAGGCGAUGGGGCAUUCGAACAUCGAGGUCAAGGUAUCGGAGACCGGAUGGCCGUCGAAAGGUGAUGCCGAUGAAGUUGGAGCUACGCCACAGAAUGCAGGGUUGUACAAUGGCAAUCUGUUUAAGCGAGUUCAAGCCAGGCAGGGCACCCCGGCUAAGCCCUCGGUGCCUAUUGAUGUGCAUGUUUUUGCAUUGUUCAAUGAGAACAUGAAGCCUGGUCCUGCUUCUGAGAGAAACUACGGCCUGUUUUAUCCUGAUGGGUCGCCGGUUUAUAACAUUGGCUUCCAUGGUGCUAAUUACCUUCCUGAAGACACUGACAUUGCUUAUACUUCUGCAUCAGGGAUUAAUGGUUUUCCAUUGUUCAGUCUGAUAGUAUUCUUGGUGGCGUAUCUGAUGUGUUUGUGAGAGCACUUCUUCGUACAAAAAUGAGGGGAGAGGUCGCAAACGCUUCAAGAUCGGUGAAACUGAAGUCCAUACGACCAGAGGCGAAGAGGAGGAGGAGAAAUUGGGAAAUGGAAUUAUAGGAAGAUAUGGAAUUUUGAGUUGUUGAUUUAGUUAUAGUUAUUGUUUACAGAUAGAUUAAACAUAUACCACACCAGAUGUACAAAAAAAGCCAUAGAAAUCAAUAAAACUUUAGACACUUCCAGCAGAACCCACUAACAUACUUGCUAUAGGAAUUUUUGGUCUUCCUUCCUUCCUUUUCCACUUCUUAAUCAUAGUUUUUCUUCUUCUUAGUUUAUUUACUUGUAGAAGAGAAAGGUUAUGGGAGAUUCAUUUGAGACCAUAUGGUUGCGGGAAAAACUGGAAAGUAUUGUCCUUUCCUUUCUUUAUUUGAUUUUGUUGGUCCAAUAAUGAAGAGAUUACAUUACUGCAGGCUUUCCAUGAAAAGCAGCAGAGAUUAGCUUAUACAGAACUUCUGAUAUAUUUCUCGGAUCUUGGAUCUGUGAUCUAAAUUGAGCGAAAUUCUCCGUCAAAUACUGGAAUCCCCAUGUUAUAUUGUGCACAACAAGGAGAAACCCAACGAUCAGCCACUAUCGUUGGUCUUGAAUCUUGAUCACAUGGAUAAUUUUUGUAGACAACUGUUGCUGCGAGGAAAAUAAGUGCAACUUAAAAUUUGUGAAGUUUUAUGUUGAACUUAUAUAUGAUAGGCAUUUUCUAAAUCACAUGUAUCAUUGAUUUAAUCUAUCAUUAAUUCUAACGGUCAA